AUGGAAGACUUUGAAAGAAAACAUGUGCACCAGUUCUACCAGGAUUCAUCAAAAGAGUUUUCAGCCACAAGAUACAAGCCGUGGCCAAAAAUAGAAUACUUUUAUCAGAAGUACGUAAAAGAGACGGAUAUUAUACUUGAUGCAGGGAGCGGAAAUGGAAGAAACACGCUAUUCCCAGAAAGAACCGUCUCCUUGGACUUUUCGGAUGGGCUGCUAAGAAUAGCGCAAGAAAAACACAAUGGAAUGGCAUACAUUCGAGCUGAUUUAGGAGAUGACCUAGGCAUUGUGCCUGGUGUGUUUGAUAUUUGCAUCUCUGUAGCAGUGAUUCACCACUUAUCUAGCGAGGAAAGAAGAUAUAAGGCUGUUCAGUCAAUGGUAAACUCCUUGCGAAUUGGAGGACACGCGUUGAUAUAUGUCUGGAGUGAGUCUCCAGAAAGUAAGCCAUCAAAGUUUAUUAGCAUUCCAAACUUGGAAGAUGCAAGCCUUGAUAAAAUCAGCGGGCUGUCAGGCAAUGAUGUAUUUGUAGGAUGGAAAAGCAAAAACACUCUAAACCGAUACUACCAUCUCUUUAAAAUGAAUGAAUUAGAGAACCUUCUGAGCACACUGCCUGUAGAGAUACUUGAGUCCGGAAAAGACCAUGGAAACUACUAUGCAGUCAUUAAACGAGUUAUUUAG